CCGGCCAUCCUCCUCCUCCUCAUCUUACUCGUCUUUUUAGCGCAUAAGCGGGAGAAAAUUGCAAACAUGGCUCGCAGUGAGGAUCAGUAUUAUGAGAAGAUAACAUCGAUUCAACAGAGCAUGCAUAAAAGGGAGAAGCGGAGGCUGCAGCUGGAGAGGGAACUGUUUGCUUACUCCAGAUCUGAUAAAAGAAUCUCACAGAUAAAGUGUUCCAAACUGCGCAGUUGUCUCAAAGAAAUCUGUGACAGGGAAGCACAAGCGAAAAUGAGAAACCUUGAGCUUCUGAGAGAUGUGGAGUGCAUAGAAAUUAGCAUGAAGGAAUAUCGUCCUAACCAUGGCCCCCUGCAACAACAAAAGGCUGACUUUUUCAAAAAGAUUUCUAGAUUUAUGGAAGCAAAGACGAAUAUGGAGAAAGAACUUGAUGCAGCAAAGGUUGAUGCUGUGCACAGACAGCACCAGGAAAGCUCCCUCUCUCAUCCAGUUAGGGACUAUACACAACCAUCAGCAGUCAUUUCUAUGGGCCGCCAGACCUCCAGAGGGUCUGACGCUGAAGCUGGCACCACAAGUGUACACUCACACCAAGCAUCGCAUCGUUCACCCAAUCGCAGCAUGCACUCCCGCGAACGUCUACCAAGUGGCCUUUUGAAGGACUUCAGAGUUGGCGGAGAGGAUGCCGCCGGCAACCGAGCACAUUUAUCAGAUGACAUUUCAGGCUCAAACGAUUCCCCAGACGGCUGUAAUUUGAGUGACAAACAUGAAAGAACGAUGGUGAUGCUUCCAUCUGUCCGCGCAUUAACAGUCGCAGCUGGCGAUGUGCCUUUUGGAAGUGAUGAUGAACAAGAACCAUCACCUUUAGUGACCUUGACGGGGCCUGAGAAGAAACCCAGCAGCAGUAGGUUCAUGAAGGCUGAGAAUUCCCCUGUAGAGCACUCUGACCCCCGAGAAGCGGCUCAUCAGCCACCCAUAAUGGAAGAUGUGGAGAGAGCUCUCGGCCAUUUCCUGCCUCAAACCACUUUCGGAGAAGAAGCUGAAGAUAUACCAGGUAGAGAUGAGAGCGUCAGCAUACCUAGCUCUGAUAUACAGCUGUCCGAGAGCACUGCUAGCGACCUGUCCAUUUCCCUGACACAAUCUGAGCUGGAUGAGGAUCCACCAGAGGGUGUGGCACCUGAGAGAAAUACCACUUCUGAAUGGAGCGAUGAUCAAAAUCAACACAGUCCUGAAACCUCCCUCCACUCUGACGGGUCCAAAAACAAACCCCAGUCAAACGGCCAAUCCUCCGCUCCAGCGGUGACCUUGGAAAGUCUCUCCCAGGAAGGACUCUUUAAUCUGCUAGACGACAUCGAAGGACGACUCCAUGGUGAGCAGACGUGUGUGUACGAGGAUUCUUCGAUUGAUGGAAGACAACUCCAGAGAAUUAUACGCCUUUGUAACGGUGGCGCGGGCGUGAAUGGCGAGGACCUUAAAGCAUGUGGAGCAGUCAUCCUUCAUGAGCUUCAGAGGUUGUCAUGGAGCACAGAAAAGGGCUGCCUGCUACCUCAGGAUCUAGUGGAUGCUCAGCAGUCCAGCACUGAGCCUAAUGCAAUAAGCACCAGCCUCCCUCCUGAUGCCGCUCGGCUGUGGGAUCGCUGGUUCAAGCACGCCCUUCUGCUGAAGGAGAGCCGUGUCCUCAGCACUGAGCGCCUGGUCCAGCUGUUCACGCCGCUGCUGCUGGAGCGCCAUGCCACCUACAGCCACCAGGCCAAAGUGCUGCUGAGGACACUUGUGUCCCGGUCCAGUGAGGAGUGCCCCUCAGCGGAGGACGAGAGUGACUCGUCUCCUUCCUCUGGUCCUCCUUCUCCCCUGGCGGACGCUGAUGUGACGCCCGCCAAGCCGGUACAGAAGCAACAGAUCCAAGAACUACAAAGUACUGAAGAGGACAGCCAGGCCGAAAGCCCUGUGGAAAGUGUUCCUAUUAGAGAGACAAAAGCAUAUCAGUUACUUAAACAAUCAGCGAUGCAGGAAAGGCUGCAGAGCUCUGAAGAGGAGGAGGAGGAACUCUCAGGAAUAAAUCAUGGCCAUGAAGAGGACCUGGGGAGGGCCAAACGCUCCUCACAUCAAGACCCUUACCCCGGGAAAGAGAAGACUAACUCAAAAAUUCUUUCUACUCUGAAGACCAAAGAUUUCUGGGGGGAUUCGGAUGACAGCAACUCGGAGAUUGAAGCAGCCUUACGUCCUCAACCUUUCAACAAAAACAUCGGUGACACCGACAGCUUCAGUGACUGAUAAUUCCCUGUAGAUAUUUUUUAAAUGCACUACAUUACAUCGCUCCAAAAUUCCAGGCAGUUUGGCUCACAGUAAAUCAACCCCUGACCGUUCUUUUAUUGGUCUGCAUUGUAAAUCAUAUGUGCACUGUAUCGUAAAAACAAAUAAUAAAGUUGACAGCUCUCACGCCGGGUAAAGUAUGUGAAGAGUUGUCCAACACUCUGAUGUUAA